AUGGAAAGUGAUGACUUUGAAAAGGAAACAACAUCGACAUCAACUUUAAAGAAAUCUGGAUCAAAACACAAGAUUAAUUGGGCAAGAACUGAAGUUAGUGCACCACCUUUAUUAUCAGCUCUUGGAAAAAGAAAGUCAACAGGAGAUGUUUCAUCAACACAAUCAUCAACACAAUCUGAGGCUGCUGAUCAUCAUCAACAACCAACAAAAAAACACAAAGAAGAUGAAGCUAGAGUAUUUUUAUUUUCAGAUUUACGAUGUUAUAGCGAAAAGAGUAUUAUGGACACUUUAAAUUCAAAAGAGACAUUUACAGUCAGAUUGGAAAGAAAAAAGAUUGUCUACCCAAUGUGCAUAGAUAAAAAGUUGCAAAAGAAAUUGGCUAAUCUUCCAAACUUGAAAUCAAAGUAUGGAACCGACACGGAAUUGAUCAAACAAAUCGACUAUUUGAUCGUCAUGAAUCCAAUGCAAUUGCUUUCUCUCUACAAAGAAUGCAUCUAUCAAGCAUUGGAAAAGAAAACAAAACCACAUCACAGUCUUUUGGUUGCCAUCUUUAUACACAACAUGGUUAGAUAUUUAAGAGAAAAAAAUACUCCAACUAUUGCUCCACCUCCUUCUCCUCAAAAAAAUAACGGAAAUAAUAAUAAUCAAAAUAAUACUAAUAAUAAUAAUAAUAAUAAUACAGCUGCUGAGCAACAACAACAACAACCAGUUACGCCCACUCUUUCAGCACAAGAAUUGUCAAAUGUUGGUAAACAAUUAUCAGAGGAUUUUGGAGGAGAAGACCAUGAACCAAAUGAUAUGGCAUAUGACGAAAGUGAUGAAUUGCCAACACAACCUACUGACCACGAUUCCAUCUCUACUACAACAACUACCACCACUAAUACUGCGCCCACCACCACCACCACCACCACAACUCAUAGACCUAUUAUUAUCAAUAAUCCUGUUCAUCAUGAAUUAAUGAAUCGUGAUGUUAGCAAGAUUAAUAUAUUGUCACCUUCAAAUGCACCUCAAAAAAAACAGCAACAACAGCAACAACAAGAAGAACAAGAAGAAAAACAACAACAACAACAAACAAAUAUUGGUUCCCAAGACACUAUUACAAAUGCAGGUAUCUCAGUUAUAUCAACACCGGUUAAACCUAAAGUAAUUAUUCCUAGCUCCUCCAAAGAAUCUCUUCCUCUAGUUUCAUUUGAAAAUUAUGUAGUUGAAAAGAAUGUGGUCCAACAACAAGAACAACAAUCAAAUGCACCAUUGGAUAAUGAUGAAAUGCAAGUUGAUCAAGAAUCUGAAUCAUCUCAAAUACAACAAUCACAGCCUCCACAACCACCAAUAUUACCACCACAACAACAAGAGAAUGAACCAAUUACAAUAACACCACCAAUGACGACCAACACUUCAACUUCAAAUCUUCAAUCUAUGGAAUUUACAAACUUUUCACCACCAACAACAGGAUUACACUCCUUACCUCCCAUUUCAACACCAACAAUCACGGCCAAUAUUGGAACUCCAGAUUAUAAUGUAAAUGGUCAUUUACAACUUGUUUCAAAUCAUCUUUUAUAUAUCAUUCAACAACAACAGCAACAAGGGAACAGUCCACAACAAGGUAAACUAAAUAAUUCAACGGAAUUGGCAGAUUAUGCAAAACUUUUGCCACAACCAUAUCAGUCACCAACACAAUCAUUAGGAUCACCAAUAACAACAUCAACAACAUCGACAACAUCAACGACGACAACAACAAUGAUGACACCACCAAUGAACAAUAACACAGAGAAAACUAUAGUAACACAAUUGGUAGACCAAUUUGAUCAAAUAGUUUACACUUUGAUACCAGAGAAUAAUCGUAACAACAACCAAAUCCAAUCCUUUAAACGCCAACUAGCCGAACUUUUAACAACCAUUGAUCGUCACGAAAAGACAAACGAUGAUAUGAAACAAAACUUUAAAUUCCUUUCUGAAAGAAUCGAUUCAUUUUCAGAACAAGUACCAACCAACACAUCAUUUGACAAACUUACCGAUGGUUUCAAGGACUUUGCAAAGAUUUGUAGUUUAAUCAUUGAAAAAAUAUCAGAAAAUAACGGAAAGUCUAAUAAUUUGCAUCAAAAAUUAGAUUCAAUCAUUACUCAAUUACAAGAAACAUCAAGUAGUGAACAUAAUGGCAAUAGUAAAAGGAAAAAAUAA